AGCUCCUCUCACAGCUUCCAGGAGGCUCGGAGAGGGUGCGAGAAGAGUAGCCCAAGGCUGGAGUGCAGGAUCCCAGGUCACAGUCAUGGAAGGGAGAGAGGAUGCGGAGUCCAACUGUGAUGUAGCAUUCGCUGAAGCUCAGAGAUGGGUGGAGGCAGUUACUGAGAAAAACUUUGAGAACAAGGAUUUUCGAGCAUCUCUAGAAAAUGGUAUCCUGUUGUGUGAUUUGAUUAAUAAGCUUAAGCCUGGAAUCAUUAAGAAGAUCAAUCGUUUGUCUACACCAAUAGCAGGUUUGGAUAAUGUAAAUGUUUUUCUGAAAGCUUGUGAAAAGAUUGGAUUGAAGGAAGCUCAGCUUUUCCAUCCUGGGGAUCUACAGGAUUUAUCGAAUCGAGUCACGGUCAAGCAAGAAGAGACUGAUAGAAGAGUGAAAAAUGUUUUGAUUACCUUAUAUUGGCUGGGCAGGAAAGCACAGAGUGACCCUUAUUAUAAUGGUCCUUACCUUAAUCUGAAGGCAUUUGAGAACCUUUUAGGACAAGCUCUAACUAAGGUACUUGAAGACUCCAGCAGUCUGAAAAGGAGUGGCAGGGACAGUGGCUACGGAGAUAUUUGGUAUACUGAACGUGGAGAAUUUCUUAGUCCUUCAGCCUACCACAAAAGAGACGAUUCUUUUGAUAGCUUGGAUUCUUUUGGGUCUAGAUCAUUCACAAGCUGUUCAUCAGAUUUAACUCUGAAAGGGGGCAGUGAAGGUUGUGAGAGUGACACAGAUUCUGAACUCACAUUCAAAAUGCAGGAUUAUAACAAGGAUGAUAUGUCCUAUCGAAGGAUAUCAGCUGUUGAGCCCAAACCUGCUCUACCAUUCAAUCGUUUUUUACCCAACAAAAGUAAACAGCCAACCUAUAUGCCUGCACCACUGAGGAAAAAAAGGCCAGACAAGAAUGAGGAUAAUCGAAGAAGCUGGGCAAGUCCUGUGUACACCGAGGCUGAUGGGACCUUUUCAAGUAAACAGAGGAGGAAAUGGGACACUAAAGUGGAAAACAGGCCAACAAUAAAAGAAACUUCAAACUCCUCUAGCUAUUUGGAGGAGGAGGAGGAAGAGGAAAAAGAUGAAAAAGCAACAGGCAUGCCAAACAUUGUAAAGGAUGAUCUUUAUGUGCGCAAGCUAAGUCCAGUAGUGCCCACUGCAGGGAGUGACUUUGACAAGUUUCUCCCCAAAAGUUGGACUCCAGAAGAUCUGAGUUGGAAAAGAAUUAAAAAGACGUCAUCUUACAAACCAUGGUAUAAGGAGUUUCAGGGAUUCAGUCAGUUUUUAUUACUUCAGGCCUUACAAACAUAUUCUGAUGACGUCUUGUCUUCUGAAACAAAGACCAAAAUUGAUCCCACAUCUGGCCCAAGGAUCAUAACAUGCCGAAGGAAUGUCUUUUAUGCCCCUGGCUAUAGAAGAGAUGAUACUGAGAAUGGAGUAUUGGAUCCUGACUUAGAAAAUGACGAUUACUUUGUUAGGAAGACUGGGGCUUUCCAUGCAAAUCCUGUUGUUCUUCAAGCCUUCGAAAAUUUUAGAAGAUACUCUGUAACAGAUGAUUUCAUAGAGCGAGAUAUAAUCCUGCAACAGCGAGAAGGUGAUCCUACACUUCCAGAUUUAGAAAAAGAUGAUAUGAUUGUUCGCAGAAUUCCAACACAGAAGAAAGAGGUGCCUUUAUCAGGAGCCCCAGAUAAAUAUCACCCAAUCCCCUUUCCAGAACCUUGGACUCUCCCACCAGAAAUCCGAGCCAGAUUUCUCUGUGUGCUUGAAAGGACAUCUCCAUCAAAAGAAAAAAGUAGUAGUUGUAGAGUCUUAGUUCCAUCUUCUUGUCAAAAGAAAGAUGAUAUGUUGACUCGUAAGAUUGAGUCCUGGAAAUUAGGAGCAACUGUACCAUCCAUCAGUUUCACUCCUGGUCCAUGCAGUGAAGAGGACUUAAAAAAAUGGGAGGCUAUCCGAGCAGCGAGCAAAGUUAGGCACAAGAAACGACAGAUGGUUGAGAGACUCUUUCAAAAGAUUUCUGAUGAGAAUGGGAACAAAUCUUUGAGUGAUGUCACUGCAGAAGAUGUACAUAAUUUGCGCCAACUUCGCUAUGAAGAAAUGCAGAAAAUAAAAUCACAACUGCAAGAACAAGACCAGCAGUGGCAGGAUGACCUAGCAAAAUGGAAAAAUCGUCGAAAAAGUUAUACUUCAGAUCUGCAAAAGAAAAAGGAAGAGAGGGAAGAAAUUGAAAAGCAGUCUCUUGAGAGGUCUCAGAGGAGCUCAAAAACAUUUGGAGAAAUUCUCCAGGACAGGGAAAUCAGAAACCAAGAAACCAACAGUCUUCGGCAGAAAACAUUUGAUCAUGAGAGAAUGUAUUCUUCUAAUGAUGAGGUAUUCAAUGAAGCAAAAGAGUCUCCUGUGCCGACUUUGACAAGAGAAAGUUACCUGAAUGAGGGAAGAGAGAAGGAAGUGACUUAUGGUGCAGAGAGUGGUAAAGAAAAUUCUUCAAGCCUUUUGAAGAUGGAGGACUAUGGAACAGCAGAAAUUCAGGUUCCUUCUCAAAGCCUGACAGAGAAACAAAGCUCAGCCUCAGCUUUGUCUUCUAACCAUUCACUGAGUAUACAAAUGGGACCUGCUCGGGUUUCAGCAUCUCUCCCCAGAAGUUACCAGAAAACUGAUACAUCUAGAUUAACAUCGGUGGUUACGCCAAGACCUUUUGGUUCCCAGUCGAGAGGGAUCUCAUCACUUCCCAGAUCUUAUACGAUGGAUGAUGCUUGGAAGUACAAUGGAGAUGUAGAAGUCACUAAAAGAAUUCAAGAAAGUUCAAAAAGUGGCUCUUUCUCAAAAUCAGAUGACAGCCAGCUUCACUCAAGCUCAGCCUUGAAACGUGUUGAAGUGGAAGCAAAAGAAAGUGAGAAGACAGCGCCACCCACUACACCCUUGUACUUGCCCAUUUCCCAGGAACGUGAUGCUUUUCCUAAAUCAGAACAGCCUUUAACUUCUGACUCUUUGUCAGUUUCUGAGUCUUUAGAAGGGAGAAAUUCUUCAUCACCUGAGCCUUCAAGGACAAAGGAUCAGUUCAGUGAUAUGAGAAUCAUUAUGAUCCACAGCCCUGGGAACAACGAUGCUGACUUUGGGUUUACAGUAAGAUGGGAUUUUUCUGGAAUCUUCGUGCAAUCAGUUCAAGCAGGUAGCCCAGCAGCAUUAUCUCAGCUACAGGUAGAUGAUGAAAUUAUUGCUGUUAAUAACACCAAGUUUUCAAAUAAGGACACAGAUAAGUGGGCAGAGAUCAUGGCUAAUGCAGGAGAAACUGGAAAUCUAGUUGUAGAUGUCAGGCGUUAUGGAAAAAAUGGUUCACCUGAAACUAAGUGGAUUGAUGCAACUUCUGGAGUUCACAGUUCAGACAAGGCUUCAAACCUUUCAAUAAAGAGCGAUUUCUCCGAAAGCCUUCAAAAUUCUAAUAUUGAAACAAAAGGAAUAAAUGGCAUAAGUGGUGAAAGCAGCUCUAUUGAGCCCAAAGCAUCUGAACCUAUUUCUUUGAAAAACUUAAAAAGGCGAUCACAAUUUUUUGAACAAGGAAGUUCUGAUUCUGUGGUGCCUGAUCUUCCAGUUCCAACCAUCAAUGCUCCAAGUCGCUGGGCUUGGGAUCAAGAGGAAGAAAGGAAACGACAGGAAAAAUGGCAGAAAGAACAGGAUCGUUUGUUGCAGGAAAAGUAUCAACGUGAACAGGAAAAACUGAGGGAAAAGUGGCAGAGGGCUCAACAAGAGGCCGAGAAAGAGAACUCAAAGUAUUUAGAUGAGGAACAGAUGGUAUUAAACUCAAAUAGUGUUUCUCUCACCUGGCGUGAGCCUGCUCUUGCUAACUGGGAGACAAAUUGGAGAGAAGAGAUUUAUCCUUCAGACGGAGAAAAAAACAGAGCAGAAGAGGAAGAAAGACUCCGUCAUGAAGAACAGAAAAGGAAAUUAGAAGAACAGCUUCUCCUUGAGAAAGAGAAGAAGUUAAAGGAACUGGAGGAAGAAGUAGAGCAGAAGCAGCAGGCAGAGAUAGAGGAGAAGAGGCGGCGAGCAGAGAUAGAGGAGCAGAGGCGGUGGGCAGAGAUAGAGGAGCAGAAGCGGCAGACAGAGAAAGAAACUUCAGUGCAGAUAUAUCAGUAUAAAAGGCCUGUUGAUCACUUUGAAAUAUCAAAGCAAGGAGAUGACUCAACAAAUCUACUUCCUAGUGACAGGAAUAAAUCGAGGUCUAUUACUGAAUUGGAUCACCCCACAAGCAGAAAUGGGAGCACCAAAUAUUCGGACCGGAUUGGGAAUGCGGGCUAUUCACAGAAAGGUUCUCGAAAAGAGCAGGCCACAUCAGAAGCUGAGAUGGAAAGGCAGCAGAUCCUUCAGGAAAUGAGGAAGAAGACUUCCCUCCAUAAUGACAACAGCUGGAUCAGACAACGGAGCGCCAGUGUCACCAAGGAGCCUAUCUCCCUGCCUGGCACCAUGAGACGAGGUGAAUCUCUAGAUAAUCUAGACUCCCCCAGAUCAAAUUCAUGGAGACAUGCUCCUUGGAUGAAUCAGUCCACAGGGUUUCACACGUCUUCAUCUGUGCAAGACUUCAGUCGUCCACCUCCACAAAUUGUGUCCACAUCCAACCGUGCUUAUAUGCGAAAUCCAUCUUCCAGUUUGGUAUCUUCUUCUUUUGGUUCUGUACGGACGGGAACUUUAUCAUCAGCACCUUCCCCAGCACCUCGAACACAGCCCCCUUCUACUUCUCAGUCAGGGACACAGCAGCGAAACAGGUCAGUCAGUGGGAAGAGAGUAUGCUCCUACUGUAAUAACAUUCUGGGCAAGGGAGCGGCCAUGAUCAUCGAGUCUUUGGGGCUUUGUUAUCAUUUACAUUGUUUUAAGUGUGUGGCCUGUGAGCGUGACCUUGGGGGCUCCAGCUCAGGAGCAGAAGUCAGAAUCCGAAAUAAUGAAUUGUACUGCAAUGAGUGCUAUCUCCGAUUCAAAUCUGGACAGCCAACCUCCAUGUGAAGUUAACCUCCAUACGAAAGCACUGUUGCAGAUAGAAGAAGAGGUGGUUGCUGCUGGUGUAGAUCUAUAAAUAUAUAUUGUAUGUCUUUUUUUUUAAAGAGUAACUUUUUUUUUUGGCCUGUCUAGAUUACAUAGGAACAUUUAUAUCCCUCAUGUUAACUGUAUUUUUUUUUGUUAUUUAUAAGAAGGUAAUCAUGUUUUGGGAAAAGCACAGUAUUCACUUUUUGAAUUCAGCAUAUUAAAAGCACAAGGGAGAACAAAUACUUAAUAAUAAUUUCAAAAUAUUUUUGAGGCUAAUAAUUCAUAUCUAGCUUGACUUUCCAAUGGUGUAUGAAGAGGAUGUUUUUUUGAAAGAAAGAAUGCUCUUAAACAUUAUUUGAAAUAGCUAAUUUAAAUAUAUUUGCAAUGGCUGACUGUAUUUGUAAUGUAUACCACAAAAUAAGCAAUGCAGACCUAUUGCAUUAAUAUUUGUUUUCUGUAGUCUGGUUUUCUAACUUACUCCCAUUGUGAUUUUUUUCCCAUAUUCAUAUAUAAUAUUCUUUUUUUUUUUUGAUGAGGGGGACUCUUGUAUUGGUUGAUCAGUGGAUUUAGUUUUGAACAAUUCACUCUUAAGAGUUUCUUCUCUUCACUAAGAAAAUAUAACUAUGGCUUGUGCAACAAAAGUUUUUUUUUCCUCCCCAAGAGCUAGUGUAUUUCUUUACUGUUCGAACUGCAUUUGUAAAUAAACUUGCUGAUGCAUUUAA